AUGCAAGCUGAUACGCUGACGGGGGACAAGCAUGAACAGCCAGGCAAUCCGGUGGCCGCGUUCCGAGCAGCGAGACUAGGAGACUGCGAGACUGGUGCUUGCGUUUCCCUGGGAGGCUGUGCAAGUCAUCAGGUACAGCACUCUCCAGUCCGGCUACAUAUCAUCCCUCUUGCCAAUCCCAUCUCAACAAUAUUCUCCAAAGCAAACCAGACCAAACCGGAAAUCCUUCGCAUGGCAGACUUCGAAGCUCCCUCAGGCCCGCCGCCCCCCAAGGUCCCCGAGGGCUGGGUCGCCCGCUGGAACGAUCAGUACAAAGAAUGGUUCUACGUCAACACCUACACCAAGAAGUCACAAUGGGACAAGCCGACGGCACCCGCUGUCAACCCCAACGAUGAUGCGCCCCCGGGCCCUCCUCCUGGCUACUCGGCCGGCUCGGGCCCCGCGCCGUCGGAUGCAAAGACGAAUCCCUUCGUAAACGAUGCCACCAGGCCGGGCUCACAUCAGGAGAGCGCAGAUGAGCGCUACGCGCGCCAGCUCCAGGAGGAGGAGAAUGCGCGCGCGGGCGGUAGCAGCAGCGGCGGCACAGCUGCGUCUUAUCUGAACAGCGGCUCGCCCGCCCCGCCCCAGAGCCACUCGCCCUACCCGGAUCAGCUCCCAGCUCGCCCUGGCGACACCAGAGGUGGCGGCAGCAGCAGUGACAAGGCCAAGGGUCUGAUCGGCAAGCUGUUCGGAAGCGGCAAGCAGAAGCCCCAAGGUUACGGAGGUGGAUACCCGGGCCAGCAGCCGCAGUACGGAUACGGCUCGCCAGGUCCUCAGCAGGGUUAUUACAACGGCCCUCCGCAGCAGCAGGGCUACUAUGGUGGCCCGCCGCCCCAACAGGGUUAUUAUGGCGGCCAAGGCGGCUAUCCGCAAGGUGGCUAUGGUGGAGGUUACCAACAAGGCUACGGCGGCCGUCCGGCUAAGAGCGGCGGCGGCGGUAUGGGUAUGAUGGGUGGCGCGGCACUAGGUCUGGGUGCCGGUGUACUUGGUGGUGCCUUGAUUGCUCAUGAAAUCGACGAGUCGCAAGAGGAGGCCUAUGCAGAUGGCUACAACGAUGGUGACAACGGAGGAGACUUUGAUGGAGGCGACUUCUAA